AGAUAAACGAUCUGAAAUCAUCCUGGAUUUUCUCGUGAGCACUCUGCCACUAGUCCUAGUUACGCGUGCCCUGUAGCUUUUGGCCUCUAUGCAGCUGUUUACACGAUAAAAAUGGCGUUGUACAACAGUAGAAAGCCCCACUUUCUUUGAUUUCAGACCACAUCGACCCACAUUCAACUACCCUUCUUCUUUCCCUUCCCCAUUCGCCAUUUCCCACUUCCAUUCGCCAUUUCCCACUUCCAUUCUUCAUGUUGCUUCCAAACUUGAAGACCCAUCUCCGUGAAAAUGGAUUUCUUCUUGCUCUGCUUCUUCUUCCUCUCUGUUUCCCUUUUUCCAUGGCGGAGAAGGACAUUUGGAGGCCGAGUUUAGUGGGAAUGGCGGAGUCCUCCGACCCUUUGAAGCUCACGUUUAAUGGCCCUGCCAAGCACUGGACUGAUGCGAUUCCUAUUGGGAAUGGGCGGCUUGGAGCCAUGGUUUGGGGUGGUGUCGACACUGAGAUUCUUCAGCUCAAUGAGGACACACUUUGGACUGGAACUCCUGCGGACUAUACAAAUCCAGAUGCUCCUGAGGCUCUAAGGGAGGUUAGAAAGCUUGUUGAUGAUGGAAAAUAUGCUGAAGCUACUGAAGCCGCAGUUAAGCUGUCAGGAAAGCCGUCUGAUGUUUAUCAACUUCUGGGUGACAUUAAGCUAGAGUUUGAUGUUUCCCAUCAGUCAUAUACUCCACAGACUUAUCAUCGGGAAUUAGACUUAAAUACAGCCACAGCAAGGGUGAAGUACUCUGUCGGUGAUGUAGAAUUUACAAGGGAACAUUUUGCGUCUAACCCGGAUCAAGUAAUUGUAACCAAGAUCGCUGCAAGCAAACCAGGAUCUUUGUCAUUCAUUGUGUCCAUUGAUAGCAAGUUACAUCACAGCUCACAUGUAGUAGAUGGUCAAAGUCUAAUCGUACUACAUGGAAGCUGUCGUGGUGUGAGGAUUCCUCCAAAAAUGGAUUUAGAUGACAAUCCCAAAGGCAUUCAAUAUUAUGCUGUUCUUAGUUUACAGGUUAGUGAUGGCAGUGGAGUAGUACACGAUUUAGAUGAAAAGAAGUUGAAGGUUAAUGGCUCAGAUUGGGCUGUCUUGCGUCUGGUGGCUUCGUCAUCUUUUGAAGGGCCAUUUACAGAGCCUUCAUUGUCUAGGAAGGAUCCUUCUUCUGAGUCACUUGCUACAAUGAAAAAGAUAAAAAAUUUGUCUUAUUCCGAUCUUUAUGCACGACAUUUGAAUGAUUAUCAGAGUCUUUUUAACCGCGUUUCAUUGCAUCUUUCAAAGAGCUCUAAGAACGGAUCUUCUUCAACUAAUUCUGGAGGAAAGGAAGUUAGAGUAGCUUCUACUGCAGAGAGGGUAAAAUCUUUUCGGACUGAUGAAGACCCAUCUUUGGUAGAGCUGCUAUUUCAAUAUAGUCGGUAUCUACUUAUCGCUUGUUCACGGCCUGGAACUCAGGUGGCAAACCUUCAGGGUAUAUGGAACAAGAACGUCGAACCAGCAUGGGAUGGUGCUCCGCACUUGAACAUUAAUCUUCAAAUGAACUAUUGGCCAUCCCUUCCGUGCAACCUUAAAGAGUGCCAGGAACCAUUGUUUGAUUUCACAUCCUUCUUGUCUAUCAAUGGGCGUAAAACUGCAAAAGUGAACUAUGAAGCAAACGGUUGGGUGGCUCAUCAAGUAUCGGACAUCUGGGCGAAAAGUUCUCCGGAUCGAGGACAGGCUGUUUGGGCUUUAUGGCCAAUGGGUGGAGCAUGGCUUUGUACCCACCUGUGGGAGCAUUACACUUACACAAUGGACAAAAAUUUUUUAAAAAACAAGGCAUAUCCUCUGAUGGAAGGAUGCGCAUCAUUUCUGUUGGAUUGGUUAAUUAAUGGCAAGGACGGAUAUUUGGAAACAAACCCAUCAACAUCCCCAGAGCACAUGUUCAUAGCUCCUGAUGGUAAACCUGCUAGUGUGAGUUAUUCAACAACAAUGGAUAUUGCUAUCAUAAAGGAGGUUUUCUCAUCCAUCAUAUCUGCUGCAGAGAUUCUGGGAAAAAGCAAGGAUACUUUUAUCGACAAGGUCCGAAGGGCUCAAGCUAGGCUAUUACCUUAUAAGAUAGCUAACGAUGGUUCUCUUAUGGAAUGGGCUCUUGACUUCGAGGACCGAGAAGUGCAUCAUCGACAUGUAUCGCACCUGUUUGGGCUGUAUCCAGGGCACACCAUAACUGUUGAGAAAACUCCCAACAUUUCGGAAGCUGCAAACAAUACUCUUCAUAAAAGAGGAGAGGAAGGUCCAGGAUGGUCGACGGCAUGGAAAAUCGCUCUAUGGGCUCGUCUUCAGAACAGCGAGCACGCAUACCGGAUGGUCAAUCAUUUGUUCGAUCUCGUGGAUCCAGAUCAUGAAAGUGAUUAUGAAGGGGGCCUAUACAGCAAUUUGUUCACUGCCCACCCCCCUUUCCAAAUAGAUGCCAACUUUGGAUUCUCAGCUGCAAUUGCUGAAAUGCUCGUCCAGAGCACCGUUAAGGAUCUGUACUUGCUUCCUGCUCUUCCCCGCGAUGUCUGGCCGUACGGUUGCGUUAAAGGAUUGAAGGCGCGGGGUGGCUUGACAGUAAACAUGUGCUGGACAGGAGGGGAUCUUGAUGAGGUCGGUCUUUGGUCGUCAGAACAAAUUUCCCUUACAACAUUACACUACAGAGGGACUACAGUAGCAGCAAAUUUAUCAUCUGGCAAAGUCUAUACUUUCAAUAGGCUGUUGAAAUGUGUUAGAACAUACUCUCAACCAAAAUGAUCUUCUACCUCACAACAACAGCAAUUGAUUUUAAAAUCUGUGAAGAUGUUCUUUGAUUCUUUCAGAAUAUGAAAGAUUUCAGAAUCUGAACAAGAAACUUCUUCCCACCAUCUGAAAGUCCACAAUUUCGUUUUGUUA